UUUUUUGUUGCAUGUUUCAAAUCUUUUAGAGAUUAUUCAACAUAAAAUUGUAAACUGUCCAGUUCAAUUUUUCUAAUCGUCUCAAUUUAGGUUAAAAACCUGCACAUUUGGAAAGCUGACAUCGGACUUUCAUCCGGAGCUUAGAUACCUUUUUUGGGAUAUUGAGAUCUGUCCGCUAAAGACAAUUAGUCGUGCAGUCUCAGCGAAUGGGUAAAUCCUCCUCUUUUAAACUUUAGGUUCGACCCUACAGCUACCAUGAAGCUUAACAUUGCGAACCCAGCCACCGGCUGCCAGAAAUUGAUCGAAAUCGAAGAUGAACGUCGUCUCCGUGGUUUCUAUGAUAAGCGUAUGGCACAAGAAGUUUCCGGUGAUGCUCUCGGUGACGAAUUCAAAGGCUAUGUUUUCCGUAUCACUGGUGGUAACGACAAGCAAGGUUUCCCCAUGAAGCAAGGUGUCCUUUUGCCCCACCGUGUCAAGCUCUUGAUGUCCAAGGGCCACUCUUGCUACCGUCCUCGCCGUACCGGUGAGCGCAAGAGAAAGUCUGUCCGUGGUUGCAUCGUCGGUCCUGAUCUUUCUGUCUUGUCUCUUGUCGUCGUCAAGCAAGGUGAACAAGACAUUCCUGGUUUGACUGAUACCACUGUUCCCAAGCGUCUUGGCCCCAAGCGUGCUUCCAAGAUCAGAAAGUUCUUCAACUUGUCCAAGGAGGAUGAUGUUCGCAAGUAUGUUAUCCGCCGUGAAGUCCAACCCAAGGCUGAAGGCAAGAAAGCUUACACCAAGGCCCCUAAGAUCCAACGUCUUGUCACUCCCCGUACUCUUCAACACAAGAGACGUAGACAAGCCAUUAAGCGCAGAAGAGCCGAAUCUUCUCGUGAAGCUGAAGCUGAAUACAAGCAAUUGCUUGCCAAGCGUGUCAAGGAAGCCAAGGAAAAGAAGAUUGAGCGUCGUCGUACUUCUUCCAUCCAAAAGUCUGCCUCUGCUUAAUUCCUCUUUUAAAAUAAAAUAAUUUGGAAUUAGAUCAAUAUAAUAGCAAUUUAUAUUGCUGUGUAGUAUUCAAACACUUAAAGAAUACCCUAUCGUUUUAUUUCUCGCUUGUAC